AUGGCGGUGGCGGAGCUAUGGGAGACGCUGAAGCAGGCGAUCGUCGCGUACACGGGGCUGUCGCCGGCGGCCUUCUUCACGGCCGUGGCGGUGGCGGCCGCUCUGUACCACGUCGUGUCGGGGCUCUUCGCGGCCCCGCCCCCGCCGCCGCCGCGCCCGCGGGAGGAGCCCGAGGCGGAGCCGCUCCCGCCCCCCGUGCAGAUGGGGGAGGUCUCCGAGAAGGAGCUCCUCCAGUACGACGGCUCCGACCCUAAGAAGCCGCUCCUCAUGGCCAUCAAGGGCCAGAUCUACGACGUCACCCAGAGCAGAAUGUUCUAUGGACCUGGCGGACCUUAUGCCCUAUUCGCUGGUAAAGAUGCCAGCAGAGCCCUAGCAAAGAUGUCCUUUGAGCCACAGGAUCUUACUGGCGACAUCUCUGGCCUAGGCCCAUUUGAGCUUGACGCCCUGCAGGAUUGGGAAUACAAGUUCAUGAGCAAGUAUGUGAAGGUUGGUACUGUCAAGAAGACUGUCCCUGUUGAAGACGGCAGCACCGCAAGCACGGCCCCUGAAACCAGUGAGGCCACCACUGAGGCUGAGAAGGCACCGACAACCGAAGAGAAGCCAAGGGAGGUAUCUGCGGAGGCGGUAAAGGAGAAGGAAGCCCCAGCUGAUGAAGGUGCCCAGGAAAAUUAG